AUGAUGAAUUCAUUAAAAAAACGUUCUGUCCCUAAUGAUUUUCAUCAUAAUGUUAAAGGAAUAAAGCAAAAGAUGGAUGAACAAAUACAAUGUUUUUAUCAUCGUGGAAACAUGCAAAUGUCAUUACUUAAUGAUAUAGCUGAAUUUUUAAAGAAAAAAAAUCAAAUAGAUAUUGAAUAUAGUAAAAGUCUAGAAAAAUUAGCCAAUUCAUAUACAAGACAUAUGGAUAAAGAAAAAGAAAAAGGAAAGACAUCUGAAAAAGAAAAUUAUUCGCAAUAUAAUUUAUUGAAAUUAUUAGUUGAUAAUACUAAAAAUGAAGCUAAUAUUAGAAAUGAUGCUAGUAAAUAUAUUAAUAAUAUUAUAAUACCAUUAAUUGGAUCACGACAAGAAACAACUAUUUCAAUGGUUAAAGGUGUUAAUCAAAUAGCUGUAACAGCACAAAAUGAAAUAUUUAGAGUUGUUGAGGAAUUAUAUACAGCUAUGAAAAUAUAUACAAAAAAUGCUGAAUUAUAUACUACAGCAAAAAAUAAAUUAAGAAAUGCACAGGAUCAGGUUGAAAAAGUUUCUAAUACAAAUUCUAAAAGAAAACAAAAUGAGGCAAAAAAACAUUUAGAUAAGAGACAAAAUAAGUAUGAUUCAAUAAAAUUACAAUGUGAUCGUUCUAGAAAUGAAUAUAUAUUAUGUGUCAAAGCUGCUAAUGCUGCAAUAACCAAAUAUUAUAAUGAUGAUAUUUCUGAUUUAAUGGAUUGUUCUGAUUUAGGUACACAUCAUUGGUUAUAUAAAAUUAUUGAAGCAUUAGGUAUACAUAAAAAUUAUAUAAUAUCAAAUGAUGUUAAAUGUAAAGAAAAUUUAAUCAAAUUUGCUGAUGAUUUAGAUUUAAAAAAGGAUAAAGCUAAAUUUUUAAGAUUAAAUAAUAAUACAUUUAUGCAUCCAUUUCCAUUUAAAUUUAAAAAUGAAUUUGAUGAUGAUAUUGAAAAUAUUGUUGGUGAACAAAAUCUUAUAGCAGAAUUAACACAAAGACAUUCACAAAUAAAAAAAAGAUUAACUGAUUUGUAUGUUGAGACAGAAGAUACAUGGAAUUGUUUACAACAAUUAGAAUUACAUAUAUUAAAAAUGUCAUAUAUUCCAAAACCAGAAGAAAACAUUCAAAAUUAUACUGUUUCAAGAGGUUUUAUUGAAUUAGAAAAUGAAAAAAAUACAUGUAGUGAUAAAAUUGAUGAACCAGUUGAUCUUAGUCAAGCAAUUGAUUUAUAUGUUAAUUAUUUUAUGAUUCAUUUACUUAAUGGAAAUGUUAUUAAUCGAUUACAAGCAAGAUCAGAAGGAAUACAAAAUGCUUUAUUACAAUCAAUAGAUUUUUUGGAAUCAGAUUUUAGUCAAGAAGCAAUGUAUGUACGUAUUCUUGCAAAAAAUGAAGAAGAAAAUAAAAAUGUUGGUGGUCCAAUGACACCAAGACAACAACAAAGACGAAGAAUUGGUAGUCUUAUUGUUGGUGAAUAUGUACCAAGAUUAUUUGGUGGUACAGUUGAAGAAUAUUGUUUUGUUAAAGGAUGCCUAAUACCACCAAUUAUUAUUUCAUGUGUUGAAGGUAUACGUGAUAAUGCAUUAGAUAUGCAAGGAAUUUUUAGAAUUUCUGCAACUAAUGGUGAUAUAUUAGCAUUACGUGAACAAUUUGAAAAAGGAAAUGAUCCAUUAAAAAAUGGUAUUAAAUCAUCUGAUAUUCAUGCAAUAUGUGGAUUAUUAAAAUUAUAUUUAAGAGAACUUCGUGAACCAAUGAUACCAUUUUCAAUGUUUGAUUAUUGUGUUGAAAGUUGGAAAACUAAUAAUAUGGAUCAAUUUUUAGAAUGUAUACAAAAAAUAUUUUUUGAUCUUCCACAACCUGUAUGGUUAACAUUAAGAUAUUUAUUUGCAUUUUUUGAUCAUAUAUGUGAACAUAGUUCUAAUAAUUGUAUGGAUGCACAUAAUUUAUCAAUAUGUUUAGGACCAGCAAUUUUACCAAUACCAGAAGGACGUGAUCCAAUAUUAUAUCAUAAUUUUGUUAAUGACUUUUUAAAAUGUGUUAUUAUGAAACAUAAGAAAAUAUUUAGUGAAUUUACACCAGGACCAAUGUAUACAAAAGAACCAUCACGAUUUAGAAUUAAUUCUGUUAGUGAUUGUCCUAAUAUAGAAUAUGAUGAAGAUAAUUUAUUAAGUCAUAUUUCUAAUAUAAAUACAAUAAUGGAUGAUAUUAAUAAUUCUAAUAAUAAUAAAUUAAUAACAGGUAGUAGUAAUGAAAGUAAAAAUCGUACACCAUCAGAUUUUACAGAAAAUAACUCAAUUGAAUCAGAGCAUUAUCUUCAAUCAGAUACAUCUGAUUUAGAUAUCAAUUAUGAUAGACCAUUACCAAUAAAUGUUAAUUUAAGAUUAGAUGAUACAGUUCAUACUUUAACACCUUUAGAUGAAUUAUCACCCUCAAUUACAUCUGACACUCGUAAUUCAAUUUGGGCUAGGCGGACAGGAUCAAUAAAUAAUAUUACAUUGUUAAAUCAAAAAACAAAUAUUAUAAAUACUAACGGAAUUAAUAAUAAAGAAUCAGGAAAAAAUAAUUCAUUAAUAAAAGUUCCAUAUAUGUUGCCUAAUGAAAGUAGUGUUUCAAAGUUAGAAGAAGCUAUUAAAAGAUUAGCUAAUAUGGAUAGUGAUGAUGCAAUUAGCUGCCUUGAUGUCCAAUGUAUGAAUGAAAAUUAUAAAUAA